AUGGAAGACAAAGCAGGGGUGCCUGCUGGACUCGACCUGCCUGACGAGGUGUGGGUUGCCGUGUUCGGGUUGCUGGAGCCCAUCCACACGGCCGCGGUCACCCUCACCUGCCGUCGGUGGCGCGCCGUGUUCCACUCCGACCCGCCCCUGUGGCGCGCCUUCCACGACCAACUGCUGGGCGGCCCCCUCGUGCCCGCCCUGCUCACCGCCCCCGCCCUGCCCCUCAACUACCCCGUCCACUUCACAGACUCCGAUGCCACGUCAGCAUUUGGCAGUGCCGCCUUCCAGACGGGCAUGGGCAGGUACCGAGUGGUCGGCAGGCCCUUCGAACGUGACCGGCUGAACCGCAGGCUGCGGCGAGUCGAGCACGAGGCCUGGUUCGGCGCCGACGAGUGGCGCGCAGCCUUGGAGUGGAAGGUGCGGCGCGUGCGCAAGUGGGGCGUGUCACCCGAGGGCCGGCUCGAGUGGGCCGCGCGGCUCGGGUGCACGCGGCUCGUGGCCACGCUCCUCCGGCGCUACUGGCGCGAGCUGUCGAUCACCGCCCGCGCCUCGACGGCCGUCACCAAGGCCCUCCGCGCUGCCGCCUGCGCCAAUGACGUUGAGAGCGUUGAGCCGACAAGAACAAGUUUGGGUCGCGGACUUGAAGAGGCACUGAUGGGCUAUGCGCCGAUGCUGGAGGCCGCGCGCUGGGGCAACCACGAGCUCAUUCAGCUCCUCCACGACCACAGCCUAACCGGCAACUCCAAAUCAGAGGCCUUUCCGGCGCUCCUUGUUGCGAGUUCGCUGGCAAAGCUCUACAGCCUCAGCAGCUCCACACUCGGAUUCGGAUUCGGCAUCCGCCCGGCCUUAACUCCUCAACAGUUCGUUGUGAUGCCCGACGUGGAGGCGCGAAGCGCGCUCUUUGGCCCCGAAUUCCACAAGACGCUGGCUCCCGGGGAGUUAUGCAACGCGCUGUGGUCGGCUGCGAAGGAGGGGCACAACGAGGUGAUCGAGUACCUGCUCGACUGCGGGGCCGAGGUGACGUCCCCCUCGCCCAUAGAGGCCUACGCGCGGCUGCCCAGCACGGCCCUGCGACCGGCCACCCUGAUGAGGCUCAUCACUGCCGUGCCUGACCCUAAUGGCGGGUUGUUGGCGGAAAUGCCUAUUCUGGUGUGGGAGAUCUACACGGCGCCUGGCCUCGCACCAUUGGAGGGCCGCGUCGCAGUGUACCGGCUGCUCGAGGAGCGAGGCGCCGACAUCAACGCCAUCUGCUUCGUCCCUGGCAUCGGCACCACGUCGCCCCUCCGCCACGCUGUGAGCAAGAGCAACGAAGAAAUGGUCGAGGCUCUACUGAAAUGCGGCGCCGAUCCACGGCGAUUGUUUGGACACUCCUGCUCGACCGACAAGGCCCAGCGCAUCGACGCGCUGCUGGCUGCGCACCGCGACGCGGGUGAUGCGGCGUCGCCCCGGGGCGUGACCUCUAAGCGCAAGCGCCCCAGUUCACCGACACCCCAGGCACACCAGACCGACGAGCCCGAGGCGCCCACCCACCAGAAACCCAAAAAACGCGCUGUGGACGAUCAGUCGUGCUAG